CCUGUGCUGUGUCCGCAGUCUCUGGUCAUCCCCUGUGCUCAGUCUCUGGUCAUCCCCUGUGCUGUGUCCGCAGUCUCUGGUCAUCCCCUGUGCUGUGUCCGCAGUCUCUGGUCAUCCCCUGUGCUGUGUCCGCAGUCUCUGGUCAUCCCCUGUGCUGUGUCCGCAGUCUCUGGUCAUCCCCUGUGCUGUGUCCGCAGUCUCUGGUCAUCCCCUGUGCUGUGUCCGCAGUCUCUGGUCAUCCCCUGUGCUGUGUCCGCAGUCUCUGGUCAUCCCCUGUGCUGUGUCCGCAGUCUCUGGUCAUCCCCU